GGAACAGACAGUCUUUCCAAAAAUCAUAUAUUCCACGGAAUCGCCUGUGAAUGCAAUGGAAGGAGAUGACAUCACUUUGGAAUGCAUUGGAACAGACUAUAUCACGUGGUACCACGAUGGCGAGAAAAUGGAAGCAAGCGAUGUGUACGGACAGUCACUACAGCUAAAAAAUAUUACUGAGGAACAGGCUGUGAUAUAUACAUGCAAAUUAGGCGACACAGAAGAAAAGAAUAUUACCGUCAACGUUAAAAGCUAUCCCAAAUUUACGGAAAAGCCAGAAAGGCUUACAAAGACCGUUGGUGAAGAUGCAGUUUUUAAGUGCAUGUUGAACACAGAGAAUUACACGGUGCAGUGGUUCGGCAACUGGAAGCCUUUGCCAGCAUCUGAGAGGUAUGUAUUGGACAAUGCGAACACCACGUUGACAAUUCACAAUGUAUCCAAGGCAGAUACUCAGACGAUAAGCUGCACUGCCACAGUGGGAAACUUCAGCAUCAGUGCAGAAGGCAGCCUUACCGUGUAUGAUCCAUUAAGGAUAACAAGUCCUCCAUCGGACAAGGUAUUGGGCGAUGAUGCUGUGGAAUUCUGUGUCGAAGUGGAAACAGACGCCGCAACUUUAAAUAAAACCACUUUCACAUGGAAGAAAGACAACGCAACACUGGCUAACAUAAAACCCGCUAUAGAGACGAUGAUUCUCUCCGUUACGAAGAUGAAGAACUGUUUAAAGCUGGAGGGCAGUGACAGGAUAAUAGGACAAUACACAUGUUUAGUGUCAGAUCGAAGGAGGAGCAAAUCUGCAUCUGCCAAUCUUUUCGCACCAGAGACAAUGACCGGUCUGACGUCGGGUGCAAUUAUUGGAAUCGUGGUGGGGUCCAUCUUUGCUAUCACGUUAGUUGCUGCUAUAGUAGGAUACGUCUGCUACAAACAGAGCAGAAGCAACCGAAAAUGGUGACAGUCAACCUCGAAAAGUUUCCUGUGGUUUCGGAAGAUGGAAUAGAAGGCACCGCCGGGGCGUAUAAAAAUCCAACGUAUGCAAACUAAACAAGAAAGGCUUCCCGUAAAACUACAGCAAAACUACCGACUUAAUCUUAUCAUCAAGUCUUCUCGAAAGGGUGACGGUUCCAUUCUUGUGCUAUGUUUCUUUCCAAACCUUCAAGUACGGCGAUAGAAAGGAAAGCGCCACAUUCUAUACAGGCCUGAUUUCAAAUGUAUAUGGAUGUACAGGACGAAAUGGAGAAUACAUGUGCAUUUCAUGUUGGUACCAGUGAGCUCUAAGGCUUUGUCAGCGUUGUAUCGCGCUAAUAUAUUCAUAUUUCAGAUAUCAUUUUUAUACACUAAAGUCUAAAUACUAUUUUUCCAACCAUUUUACUGUCGAUUUCAUUUAUAAGAAAUAAGUGAAGAAACGUUCUUAAGAAUUUUGAUAUGUAAACAGGUCAUGUCAAACAAAAACAAAACUAUUGACAUCUCUGAAGUACCGUAAAGACAAAACUAUCCAAGGUUUCGUUUCCAAAUGGUAAGCAAGCAUAAUCUGUAAAUAGCUGCUGUUACUAUCCAUGCAUGCACAUUUUCAUUCAAAGAGGCUACUCUGGAGAUUGCGUGUAAAAAAUAAUACUCACCAAUCAAAUCAUAGUCUCUGUUUGCCAAGAAGAUCUUAAAUUAUUUCCUGUCGGAAAAUUUCAGUCUCGUACUGUGUAUAGUGGUAAAAUGAUUAUAAACUUUGAAAAAGUUAUAAAGCUACCGCCGUUAAACCGUAUCACGUGUACAGAUGAGGAUUAUCCUUUGCGACAGGUAAUUAUUUGGUAUAUCCUAAAGCAACAGCACAAGUUCAGCUGGAUUUACGCUGAUGGAUGUUUUGCCAAACAACAAAACCGGUAUAGUCUCUUAAACAGCAUCACAUUAAUAUUUUUUUUUUGGCCUCAAGGUAAUACGUUUUAUCUGUUCAAAACGUAUGGUGAAAAAAUUGUGAGUAUAAAAUAGUAUCGAAAAUAUGUUAUACAUGUAUAUGCUUAAUGAUGAACAAUUAUAUAGGCUAACUCCACAAAAACUCACCAUUGUUUUAAUCAUUGCUUAUUAGGCAGUGAAUUAUAAGAUACACAUAUAUCCUUAUUACAUAUAGUCUAUGCAGUCUAAAAGGCUUAAAUCAUUAUUAUUAAAAUGUAAUAACUUAUGGGACUUUUAAAUGUAAUAUCACUAUAGAAAAUUAUGGAACUUAAACAUGCUUGAAUAACAUUUGAAAUCCUCUCAAAUUGUACAUGAGUUUUACCUCUUUCUUUCUGACAGACUUUCCAGGUUAAUGAAGAUAGAAAGUCUCAUGUCUAUUCAUGUAUGUUUUGUAUCUCUGGUUUUGUCUACCAGUGUAAGCAUAUUAUUAUUUAGGUUAUUGAGUGAAUACCAGUUGAUGGGGACGAGUUCUAUAGAGCGAAAAAUACAAUUUAAUAAUGCACUUGAGUGUACAAUGUACAGGCAAUUUACUUCAUGAAUAGACUCAAAUCAUACACAAACCUUACCUUAGUGCAAAGAUUUGGUAGACAGACCGCUUUAAAAUUAGAGACGAAAAAUCAGGACUUACAUAAGUGUCUUUGUUUUAUAUCCUUUUUAUUCACCUUUUGAUCCGGGUUGUUAGGGUUGAUUAUCAUAAUCAGCAUGGUUCACCCUGAAUAGCUAUAAAAGUUUCAUAGAUUGCCUUUACCCGAUAUUUUAGUGCAAUGUGGGUACGACUUGCUACAUUUGUUUUUUCAUCUGCUGAUGAGCAUAACUUUAAAAGAAUUUCACCGGUAUUGCCAAAUAUCUCCAUAUGUAUAUACUGAAAAAAAAUCCUUAAUAAUGUUUUGAAAUAAAUUCCAUAAGACACAUUUUUGGAAUGUUAAACAUAUUAAAGAAAAUUCUAGAAUAACUGGUGAAUCUUUCCUCACAGAGUUUAAGGAAUACAUAAUCUAGCUAUCUUUGUUUCAUGUUUACGGAAUAUUCCUUAAAAAUCCUUUUGAAAAAGAUUUAUUCCAUUAAAUGGCCAUUCCAUCAGAUUUAUAUCCCUUAACAUGUUAUUGUAAAUUCCUUUAAAAUAUUGGUAAGGAAAGAUUCCUUAAAAAUACACAUUCCUUAAAGUUUAAGGAAUAUUCCACUCGUGAAAUAAUCGGGGUAUAUUCGUUUUUCUUAACAUGUUAAGAGCUUCUGCUUGAUUACUUUUAAGUGAAGGUGUAAAAUAGGUCUUUACUGUUUGUUGUCAUAUUCAUAUGUACGUUGAAAAGGUUUUCAUUAAUUAGAAAUAAGAUCUUCAUAAGUGUAUUCUUUUAAGAUAUUAUUGUUCAUUUGUAUGAUAUACACAACCGGGAGCCGUUUAUAAGCCAGAGGUUCAUAUUCUGAUAUAUUCUGGCUUGCCUAUGCUUUGUGCUAAGUUAAAAGAAAAGACAACACUAGACCCAACAUAUAUUUGUAUCGAUAAAGUUUUAAGAGCAAACCUUUUCAUUUAUAUGAUGUUACAUAACUGAAAUAAUCAAAGUAAACAAAAUCGAGCACAUUUAGAAAAUCAAGAAGGCACCUAUUUUACCAUUUCGAACGCUAUUUUACCAUUCAGCCAUGCGAAUGAGCCUGGGGUACGGUUGAUGCGACAUCAUGUUUCUGGUUUCUUUAACAUGAAGCCUUCAAUACCUUCAUAAGAAUUUCAGAUUCUAAAUUGAUUUAAACAGUCACCAAGUUUAGAGUAAACAUGUUGAGGCUGUUUAGGUCUGUUUCUACCUAUCUUCCAAAACAACCAAUGGUAAGGUAAAUACUAGCGUGGUAUCUUGAAAUAAAUUGUUCAGUAUAUAUGUAUUUAACUGAAGUAUUGCAUUCAUGUGUCUUCUACAAGCGAGAUCUUUGGUAGCCUUUUCUGGUAAAUGCGAACCAUAACCUCAGUCACUAUAACUGGCUGAUUUUAAACCAUAGACGAUAUAACCAUUCCCUUCAAUUUGUAAGUAUUUUUGGAAGUGUUUUUCAGCUUCAGAAAAUGUUGCGCUUCACAUUCAAUGUCUAUAAUGGUAGAUCCAUAAAAUAUUUAGAAUGCCUUAAGAUAUUUUGAUGUUUUAUAAUAAAAAGUGAUUUAUUC